CUCUCUCUCUAUUUACCAAAAAAAAAAAAAACCUCUCUCUCUCUCUCUCUCUCUCUCUCCCCUGAGGGCUUCUCAACAUCUUCCCUUGCAUCUUUUGAGAGCUUCUCAAUCAAUAUCAAAACCCUUUCCGCCUUUGACCACACUAUCCUUUAUCCCUCCUUCCAUCUCGAUAAAGGUAGGGGUUUUGCUUUUUAAGCCAAAACUCCUUUCUUUUUAUAACAAAGAGGUUCGUCCUAGGGUUUAAUUGGCUUAUCACGACAUCGGCUGAUUCCGCUCCUUCUUUAUUCCCAAUCUUUUCGCGAUCAAUUCUUCUUGCCCAAACGUCCUUCUUGGUUCUUGAAUCAAGGUCUUUUCUGGGUUGUGUUCCAUGGCCCAUCACCCCGGCCCGCCGCUGGGGUCGGGAUCGGGCUCCAGCUCCGGGCUCCACUUCUUGAAUUCCCCCUUCGGCGACACCACCUUCACCAAGGUCUUCGUCGGGGGCCUGGCGUGGGAGACGCAGAGCGAGACGCUGCGCCGCCACUUCGAGCACUUCGGCGAGAUCCUCGAGGCCGUCGUCAUCUCCGACAAGAACACGGGGAGGUCGAAGGGCUACGGUUUCGUGACUUUCCGUGAUCCAGAAUCUGCAAGAAGGGCGUGUGCGGACCCGAGCCCUGUCAUAGAUGGGAGACGGGCGAAUUGUAAUUUGGCUUCGCUAGGGCGACCUCGGCCGGCUCCACCUUAUGCACGCCUAAGGCCAUUGGGCCCUUGCUUUGGAGGAGUUCCAGUUCCCCGGGGGGCUUACAUAGGAAGUUCCACUUAUCACCAAGCAUUUCCAUACGACUACCAACAAGCUAUUUCAUAUCCACCAUAUGCGUAUGCAACAUAUGCACCUGAGUACAUCUAUCCACAGAAUGUUUAUACUCCUUACACAGGACACCACUAUGUUCAAGUAUAUGGUGUUCCUGGAGCAGUAAACACAGCAGUUUGCCAAUAUGGGCAACUUGGCCAGCCACUUUCUGGUGGACAUGGUUAUACGGCAGUUCAGGGCUACACUGUGCCCAGGCACCAUCUAUUGCAAAUCAGUGGGCCAAAUGUCAGUGGAGGAACAACUGCGCCUUUACCUGCAAUUCAGUCACCAUAUCCUGCAGGAAUAGGGGCACCAAUUCCAGCUCAACAACAAUUCAUUGUUCCUACGCAUUCACGACAGUUCAUGCAGGGCAGUUGUUCAGACCAAACAGCAGGUUAAGGAGUAUCUGUAUGAUGGCAUCUCAAGAUAUCCUUAGAUUGCAGGACUAAGAACAGCACUACUGCUACUUGAGUGGCAUGCUUGUCUUGCCGUGCAAGCUGUCAUCUUUGCAGGCUAGAGGUUGGUUUGAUUCUUUCAUACAAUUUGUGCCCGAAGAUAUAGGUUUAUGGUUCAUUGUCUUAUUGACUUAUGAAAAUCAUAUAAUGCAAACUAUUCUUGUCUCAGAAAAUUCCUUUACCAUCCUUCUUUUCUUGUAAGACAAUAAUAAAAUGCAAAGUUAGCACUAUGAUGAAAUUUAUUUGGCAAGGAAUCAUUUCCAAACAAUAAAUAACCUGUACUUCAUAUGUCUGGGCAAUCGUGCAGUUCUACUGCCAAUGAUCCUUUUAGAAAAUGACACCGAUGAUAGAUUCCAUAAGAGAUGUGCUACCUUUUGGCUGAAUUAUUUUCUUGAUAACCCUACAAUCAUGAAUGAAAAGCCAGUUAGGGGGGGGGGAUAAUAGAAUGAACAGGACAACAGUCAGCAAGUACGACAAUCAAUAAUCACUAGUUUGGCUGAAUCAAUGGCUGAGAAUGGAAUUCUAGAGAAAAUUUAAUCAAGAAUAUUGAUUUGAUCAUCUAGAAGAGACAGCCUUUCCUGUACCCUUCGCACCUAUUUUUUACACCAUUUGUUCGUUUUCAUUUUUCUGGAGCCAAAAAGCUAGAUGUCAGAACUAAAACAAUACAAAGUUAUAUAUAUUAUCCUUUUUGGUUUCAGCCUAAACCAACUGCAAGAGGUCAAAAAUAGUUUCAUCUGUCCAAAAAAGAGUUGUCAAUUGUACCAACCCCAUUUUGGUAAGUUUCAAGAUUGGGUUUUUGAGAAUAUAAAGUUGCAAUCUCAGCCUAAAACUGGGUCAACAAGCUUACAAUAUCCUGUGGUAGUUCAGGCUCGCAUGGCCAAAGGCUUACCCAUUAAGGUAUUCGAUCAAACAUUUAGCAUAUAAUUUCCAGUCAGAUCCUCUUUCUAAUGCAUGGCUUGACAAAGUGCUCCUUGGUAACAACUAAUUAGGUGAACCUGGAUUCUAUAUUUGCAAUCCAAUCAGCUAUUCUCAGCUAUGACUUCCACUCUCAUCUUGCAAGACAGUUUCAUAUCAAAACCCUUAACCUUAAUCUUGUUUUGCUCUCUUAGUUACCCUUUUCAGCUACAAAACCAGCAGCUUAAUUGAUUGCUUCCAAAACUUGGCAUGACUACGCCAUAAACAGAUUUCAAUUUAAGUGGAAUUCCUAUACAGAUUCUUAUGAAUGACAAUAAUAAAAAAUGACUGAAAAGUAUAAGUUAGAAGAAGUUUUGCUUGAGUUGGCGACUUACGCUCUAGUCACACCGGUAAUCAGCGAGCUCAAAAAAGUUAAAUGGGACCUUACUGAGAGUAAGGAAAAAAACUGAUUAAGACAACAUCAGGACCUAGGAUGUUAUCAUACUAUAUAUGGUAUAAUAACAUAAUAUGUGGUACUAUAACCAGCACAACGACACUACUAUGAUGAAAUAUAAUACGAUCAAUAUAUGUUUUGCUGUAUAUAAUAUAAAAGGAAUUGAGAUUUUAUUUAUUAUGGAAUAUGAUAUUUCAGUGUUAAAGGAACUGAGAUUUUAUUUAUUAUCGUGGUUCUUUUAUUAAGUAUAUAAUAGAGAAUCCAUUAUAAUAUUUUUCAAAAUUUUAAUGAUUGAAAUUUUAGUAUUGGCCCCUUCUCCCCCAUUGGUCAAAGUUGUCUCUGCCACUGUCUAUAAGUUGACUAAAUGCAAUCAUCUAAGCCUUUUUUUUUGCUGAACUGGAUGAUUCAUACAAUUCUAGUACGGAUACAUCCAAAAAGGUCAAAAUACAGCAUAUUCCGGAGCGCACUACAUAGCUCACUCCAACCCAAAGGGUAGCUCCGGAGUGGUUGGCCACGUAUGAGGCCACCCAGUCUGCAGCCUCGUUGGCCUCUCUAUAGACGUGCUUAGCCGGAAAGCCCAUCCCACCACCAACCAUGGCUUGGAUGUCUCGAAUCAAGGGGUGACACUCGCCCACACCGCCAACGAUCCGUUGAACCCAUUCAAUGAUCGUAGCCGAAUCCCCCUCAAGCAGUACUACAUUAGCCUGCAACACACAUCGAGUAUAACCUAGACCGGCCCAUGUCGCCCUCAGCUCAGCCUCCGGGACUGAGGUGUCAAAGAUCUAACAGCCACCAGCCGCAAUCAUCAUGAAAUCUGGGCCUCUGAUAACAAAGCCAGCAUGCCCCCUCCUGCCACCAUCCAGCACACUCCCUCCUGCCACCAGCUAGCACACACAUCCAUUGUAAUUAAUCUUGAGAAAACUCGGGGGUGAGGGCUACCAGGUGAAGAACACCAUCCGAGAUGCUACACGAGCAGAAGUAGAGCCCCAGGUGCUCCGAGCUAUCAAAGGUUCAUCCAACAAAUCCGCUUGACUAAGCUCCGCCACCUGACCCCGGGCUUGUUCCACAACAAACCCCAGAGAAGAACAGCUUUCGCCAAAGAUCCAGGCCAGAUCUAAUAAGAUCUAGGGCCUUCAAUAUAUUCCUCUUGCAUCAUGUAAUACUCUUUAACACAGGUAAAUUGUGUUUUCUAUCCGCCUUUUAGAAGUACUUGAAUCUAUUGUUCAUUUAACUAUUGUUUUCUUUCUAACACUUAUUGUAAACUCUAUUCCCUACUGUUGUCUUUAAACACAUCUAUUACGCGUAUCUUGUAUGACACUUGUGUAUCUAGAACUUAUGCACCUACCAUCGCAUACCCUAUAAUAUAAUACAUUUUUACUGUUCCAUGCAAUCUGGACCAUUAGAUACUGCUUGUACAUUAAUUAUCCUCAUCUAAAAGGUUUGCUCGCACUAUCAUCUUGAAAGCAUGAUGGCCGGAAGACAUCUUAACUUCCAUUGAAAUGAUCAAUAAUACACCUGGUCUCACCUUAACUUCGAUUGAAAGUUUGCUUGCACCGUCAUCAGUGGUGUCAUCUUGUAUUUACAUGCUGCUCUCAAAUUUUGUUAGAUAGAUGAUUGUGGUUAAAUGUUGCAAGUUGUCUGUAGUCAUGGUCACCCAGAGAUACCACAGUUGCCAUUGAAUCGCUCCGGUGGAUGGAGCCGAAAAGCACAAGAGUUUGAAUGCUCUUGCCUUGCUGCUGUCGUGUCUGUAAAUCCUUGUGCCCUGCCAGAACUUGUGAUGACUGGUGGAGUCUGGGCUGAUGGAUGCCGGAAUUGGGUUCUGGCAACCUAUAUAGGAACAUGCUGUAAGUCAAACCAUAUAUCCAAAAAGAUUCUUUUGAGCGCCAGAGCGCUAAUCUGGUUAUAUAGUCUUUCUUUGUGGUUCCUGCGAUUAAUCAGUCAGAUUGCAUAAUUGUUGUCAUGUGGACAAAGAUUAAUGAUGUCAGUGGGGUUGGUCAUUGUGUAGCUAGCCUUACUAAACUGAUGCAGCGUUCAUUUGGUUUCCAAAUAAGCAGCUUCUGGGCAACCAUAAGGUACUGGUUGCUUAUUUUUUUUCUCACAUCUUUAAGGAUGUCUUACCUCUUGCCAUUUGAUGAGCGCUGAGGGAAUUUUUUGUGGAAACAUGUUACCAUGGUUGUCAUCAUAUUUUUCGCUCAAGUUGGAAAUAUUAUAUAAAAAGCUACUGGAAUUGUGUUCUUAUGUCAGUCCUUUGCAAGCAGACAGGUUACUCUUUACAGGUGAAGAGCCAAGGAUGGUGCCGGUGAACAAUUCAUCAAAUUGAAUAUAUAUUCAUUCAUGCAUGCUUUCUGUUGGAAGGUCUAAGAUGUGGGUUCUGAUUCAAGUCAAUGUGGUUCUUUUUCGUUAAUUAUUAUAUUAUCUUACAUGUGUUUUAGAACUGGUUUAUCAGUUUUAUAAGUUAGCAGAACUAGUUCAGACAAUCAUUCACUUUUAAGUUAUGCAGGUUGGAGAAUAUAUGUGGAACAGAACCAGCCAGACUUGUUCAGAUAAAUCAUUACAUUUUCAAGUUAUGCAAUUUGGAGAGUUGGGCAAUGAUUCAGAGUAACUCGCCAGGCGAAACAAGGACAAGAAAGGUCUUGCCUAACUUUGGACUGCUGGUUUUGAUCUGUUGCUCACUUCUGGGCUGAAGAGACCUGAUGAAAUAUUAGUUGCUUUUGCUGACAUGAGAGGUUGAAUUAUGAUAAUUGCAGUGUUACGUCCCAAAACCAUCACUUGGUUCAGCCAUGGGAUGUGGCCGCAGAACCCCUAUGCAAGAUCAUAGGGGGUAUGCAAGGGCUACAUAUCUUGGCAGUAUUGGAGAUCUGGGAGAAAGUGUGGUUGCCCAUACAAUCUAAAAAAAUAAAGGAGAAAAUUAUAUGAUACUUCUACAACUUAAGGCCAAUCUCAAAGAUAUCUUCUUGACUUUAAAAAGUUUCAAAUGGAUCCCUCAAAUUUGCAAAUUACUCUAAAGUAAUUUUGUUGUUCAUCUCCAUUAGUGGAGCAGCAUCAUGCCAAUUAUAUCAUGAUCAAAUUGCCCUUUCAAUUAUAAAAGGAUCUUAUUGCAAGACUCAUCUUUCUUCGUGCAAAUCCACUGUCAGAUCAUCCAUCACACAGAUCUCAAAGCAAUCCAAAUUUUUUAUUCAUUCAUCUGCACAGAUCUCAAAGCAAUCAGUGCAUGACUAGUAUCAUUCAUUCAUCUACACAUAUUAUAAAACAAUUAGUAGAUGAUUUAGAUUAUUCAUCUGUCUACAUAAAAUCAAAACAAAUGCAUAGAUUAUUUAGAUUAUUCAUCCUUUUGCAUAUAUUUCAAAGCAAUAAGUGGAUGAUCAGAAUUAUUCAUCCACCUAUAUAGAUUAAGGCUGCAAAUGAGUUGAGUUAAUCUGUGACCCGAGCCACUUAGACCCGACCUGACCCUAUUGGAGGAUUCGUGGGGCUGGGCCGGGUCCUAAAAUUGGACUUGUUCUAUUUUUUGUUUGGAUUUAGGUUUACUAAAUUUAGACCCAAUCCGACUCAUUUGAAAUUUGGAUAAUUUUAGAUUUUCAAUCCUAUGAUUUGUCCCGCCCCGUCCCCUUGCGAGUGGGUGUAUGAAUGUGUUUAAGCAAUUUGCAAGAUCUUGUGAAGCAUCAACUAUGUACAGUGUACUUUCUGAAUCAAGUUAAUCAAUGUACUGGAGAUUGAAGUGCAUUUGUUCACCCAAAUGCAGAUGGUUUGGAGGAGUCCUUAGCAAUCUGCUGCCUGAAUAUGCUGUGCAUGUUUUAUUUGAAGACCUAAACGUACGAAUCUGCAGUUGUAAUUUCUCUGCAAACCAUUCUCCUGGUAAACCUCUGAUAUUUUGGUGUUGCAGUUGUGGCGGCAUUAUUGUAGUUAUACCUUGGGAUGCUGUCCGUCCCUUUUCCCAUGUUUCUGUUCCUGUUUUGAAGGAAAGCUUUAGUGUUCUAUGAUCCAACUAAUCAUUUGUCUCUGUAUUUGGAUGUGCUGCCAGAAAUGUUUCUUCGCCAUCCAUCAUUUGAGCUUGUGUAACAUUGCUAUGUAAUUACACGUAUGUCACGAUCUUUACCGUAUUUCCCUCUAUAAUGUGGUUGUACUCUUGUUGCUUGUUUGUGGCACAGAGAUGGCACUGUAUUGUUUGAAGUUGGAAUCAGUUUUAUAGUUAUGGUAGUUUUGCA